UUUUGGCUGUAGCAAACUAGCAAAUUGUACUAAUAUUACAGAAUCACGACGGGAAUAUCUCAGUUGUCAUAAAAUUUUAGGUAGUAAAAAUAAUAAAUUAGUUGAUUUACUCGUGUUUAGUUAUGGAAGACACCAAAGCAACUCAAUCUAGUGAUUACCACAAAGAAAACGAUGAGAAACACCAGAAAAAGAAGAGCAAAAACAAGAAAAAGCGUAGCGGUGGGGAUGGCGACCACGGCGUUCCAACCUUGCCCGAUGGUUUAGUCAAUGUGCCUAAUUCUAGUGAUGCCCAUCAGAACAUAUCCUUGAAAGAUUUGAAAAUGGCUAUGGAGGUGUUAAAUCUGCAACAAAAACCAGCUAAAACUACUGAAGAAGCUCUACACAAGUCUUAUCAAUUUUGGUCAACUCAACCUGUUCCAAAAAUGGAUGAAAAAAUCAUUUCUAACGAACCCAUAGAACCUCCUAAAUGUGUUGAAGACAUAAGGUCUGAACCUUAUACUUUGCCAGAUGGGUUCCAAUGGGACACUUUGAAUUUGAAUGAACCGUUAGUACUGAAAGAGCUGUAUACACUUUUGAAUGAAAACUAUGUCGAGGAUGAUGACUGCAUGUUUAGAUUUGACUAUCAAACUGAUUUCCUGAAGUGGGCCCUCCAACCACCUGGCUGGAGAAUGGAAUGGCAUUGUGGUGUUCGUGUAGUUAAGUCUGGCAGAUUAGUGGGCUUUAUUUCAGCCAUUCCUGCUCAGUUGAGAAUUUAUGACCAUGUACAAACAGUUGUUGAGAUAAACUUUUUAUGUGUGCAUAAAAAGCUUCGUGCCAAGAGAGUUGCUCCUGUUCUUAUUAGGGAAAUAACACGCAGAGUCAAUCUGACUGGUAUUUUUCAAGGUGUUUACACUGCAGGUAUUGUUUUACCUAAACCAAUAGCUACUUGCCGCUAUUGGCAUAGGUCUCUUAAUCCAAAGAAACUCAUUGACAUUAAGUUCAGUCAUUUGUCUAGAAACAUGACAAUGCAGAGAACACUGAAAUUAUUCAAACUGCCAGAUUUACCCAAGACUGCCGGAUUUCGUAAAAUGGAAAUUCAAGAUUGUGAAAAGGUGGUUAAAUUAUUAAAUGAUUAUUUGGGAAAAUUUGAUUUAGCUCCAAUAUUUUCAGAAGAGGAUUUUAAGCAUUGGUUUUUGCCCCAGUCUGGCAUAAUUGACAGCUUUGUUGUAGAAGCUUCUGAUGGCAGUAUAACAGAUUUUGUUAGUUACUAUACUCUGCCUUCUACAGUUGUGUAUCAUCCAGUACACAAAACACUAAAAGCUGCAUACUCAUUUUAUAAUGUAUCUACAAAGACACCAUGGACAGAUCUAAUGCUUGAUGGGCUGAUUACAGCAAAAAAUUCAGGUUUUGAUGUUUUUAAUGCACUGGAUCUGAUGGAAAACAAGGAGUUUUUGGAGCCUUUGAAGUUUGGGAUUGGAGAUGGGAAUUUGCAAUACUACUUGUACAACUGGAGGUGUCCCAGUAUGGCACCUAAUAAAAUUGGAUUAGUUCUACAGUAAUAUUACAUUAACUUGUAUUCAGUGAUAACAAUAAUGACUGGUUUCUUUGGUUUUUAUCACAUUGUGUAAAAAUGUUCUUAUUUGUUGGAUAAAAAAUGUAGCUUUAGUUUAUAAUAAAGUGGUUGCCUAUUAAAUAACUGUUUUUAACAAUGAAAUAUAAUAUUUACAAAUUUCAAAAUUGUAAACAGAGUUUGACAACUAAAUAUAGUCUUUUCCAAGUACUGUCUUUUUCUUGUACAGCUGAGUGGUGUCCUAGGUACUGUCAGUAGUAUCUUGGGCAA